AAAGUCCCUUAUCCAAUGGCGAUUAAUCACCCAACCACAACAGUUCGCCGCGUGUCUGCCAUGAUCACUCUGCCGCCGUUGAUCUCCGCGUCUCCCCAUCGCAGCCGUCCACUAAACAACAAUUCAACGUUAUCUACUCACACUCCAAGCCCGCAACUUUACACGUCGAUUUGCCAUCACUUGUGGAUAAAGUUCUGUUCUGGCACCCUUUUCUUUUUCAGGGUUUUUCUUUUUCUUCUUCUACUUCUCUCUCAAACAGAAACGCAGGUUUUUCUGGUUUGUUUGUUUGUUGUGGUUUCUGAAGCGAAGGAAAAUUUAAUGGCUGAAGUUUUGACCAAGGCGAGCCUGGUUUCUUCGUGGCAUGGUAGUAGUCAACGCCACCAUCGAAGAGUAUCCAUGGUUCCCAAUUCUUGUAGCUUCGUUUCUGACGUUGGAAGGUUCCCUUCUCUCAAGUUAAAGUCUCAGAUUCUCAGAUCUUGGUCCUCUUCUUCAGAGUUUCAGGGUAAAAAGCUUCUCUUUCACUUAAAUAGAGCAAUACCCAACAGGGUCAGUUCGCGGUUGAGAGCUUCGACUGCAACUCAGAUGACCCAUAGAAUAGGUAAAGUUCAGAAAUGGUGGGAAAAGGGGCUUCAGCCCAACAUGAAAGAGGUGACUUCCGCCCAAGAUCUUGUAGAAUCACUGUUAAGCGCAGGGGACAAGUUGGUGGUGGUUGAUUUCUUCUCUCCUGGUUGUGGUGGCUGCAGAGCCCUUCACCCUAAGAUAUGUCAACUGGCAGAGAUGAAUCCUGAUGUUCAAUUCCUUCAGGUAAACUAUGAGGAGCAGAAGUCCAUGUGUUAUAGCCUCAAUGUCCAUGUUCUUCCCUUCUUCCGCUUCUAUAGAGGUGCUGAAGGUCGAUUAUGUAGCUUUAGCUGCACCAAUGCCACGAUCAAGAAGUUUAAAGAUGCAUUGGCCAAACACUCCUCAUAUAGAUGCAGCUUGGGCCCAACCAAAGGGUUAGAGGAGAAAGAGCUCCUUGCUCUUGCUGCCAACAAAGAUCUUUCGUUCACCUUCUCACCAAAUCCCUUACAACCUGAACAUGCAGAUGAAGACAUGGCUACUGCUUCCACUCCUGUUCUUAGUUCAGAAUCUCUUCAUUCAUUGACUCUCAUUUCUGAGGUCUCCAGAGAGAAAACCUUAGCCACUGCUGGGAGAUGAUGUGGUCAGUUUGCAAGCCAAACUCAUCAUCUCCCUUGUACAGUGUAUAAGUUUGUUUUGGUGCAAUAUUUGUGAGAAUGAAGAUAUCAUUGCAGAAAAAGUCUAGUGUGAGAGUGUAUGCAUUGGGCAUGUCUUUUUGGAUCCAUGCCUUGCUAGGAUUAGGCGAGAUAGAAGUUGUGGAAUUAGUUGUUACCCUUUUCUGUGUGAGGAGGAAUCAUUUCCUAUUGUUGUAAAAAGGAAUGUCAUUAUAUUCAUCAAUGGAAAGUUUGUUUUUUUUUUUUUCUGAAA